CAUUAAUAGAAUCAAAGUCUGAUCCAGAGACUGACAGUGUUGAGUGUGUUCGUGGUGGUGAAUUCCUGGGGCUAUAAAGGUUCUUGUCUCCUUGUCUUGUCGGUGGUCUUAGGCCUCGGAGGGCUUGCAGAGGAAAAGUGAAGGUAGGUGGCCCCAGGAAUCCAGAAGAGGGUGGGACUUGAUGCCACUUGAGGCCGACCGGGUAGGCAGUGCGGGCUCCGGGCGGCAGGGGGCGCCGUCGAGCGGCCGCACCGGGCCCAGCACCGAGCCGCCGGUUCUCGCAGACCGUCCGCCAUGCGCGCGCUGCUGCCGCUGCUGAGCGUCGGCCGAGGGUGGCGCGUGGGGGCCGCCGCCCGCCCUCCGCGCCGCGUCAUGUCCCUGUACCGCACGGAGGAGCUGGGCCAUCCCCGCUCGCAGGACUACCGCCUGUUCUUCAAGCAUGUAGCUGGUCACUACAUUUCCCCUUUCCAUGACAUUCCCCUGAAGGCGGACAGUAAAGAGGAACAUGGCAUUCCCAGGAAAAAGGCACGGAAUGAUGAACAUAAGACUUUGUUUAACAUGGUGGUGGAAAUUCCUCGGUGGACAAAUGCCAAGAUGGAGAUUGCCACAGAGGAGCCACUGAAUCCCAUUAAGCAAGAUAUAAAGAAUGGAAAGCUACGCUACACACCAAAUAUCUUCCCUCACAAGGGCUAUAUAUGGAAUUAUGGGGCCCUCCCUCAGACCUGGGAAGAUCCUCAUCUAAAAGAUGAGAGCACAGACUGCUGUGGAGAUAACGAUCCUCUUGACGUUUGUGAAAUAGGCUCAAAGGUUCUUUCCCGUGGAGACGUGGUCCAUGUGAAGAUCCUUGGGACUUUGGCACUUAUCGAUCAGAGUGAAACAGAUUGGAAAAUAAUUGCUAUCAAUGUGAAUGAUCCUGAGGCUGAAAAAUUUCAUGAUAUUGAUGAUGUUAAGAAGUUCAAACCAGGUUACCUGGAGGCCACUCUCAAUUGGUUUAGACUCUAUAAGGUACCAGAUGGAAAACCAGAAAACAAGUUUGCUUUUAAUGGAGAAUUCAAAAACAAGGCUUUCGCCCUUGAAGUUAUUAACUCUGCACAUGAACGCUGGAAAGAGAUGGUUAUGAAGAAGUGUGACAAGGGAGCCAUCAGUUGUGUAAACGUGCACAUUUGUGAUAGUCCUUUCCACUGCACUACAGAAGAAGCAAGAUCAUUAGUUGAAUCGGUCCCAACACCUUCGAUGAGUAAAGAAAGCAAUGUAGAAGAAGUGUGGCACUUCCUCCGCAGCUGAUGGGGACACUGGCACUUCUGCUCCGAGACUUCGAUCUCUGAGGACCCUGGGGGCUCCUUUUCCUUUAGUUGUGAAGCAAGUGGAUGAUCAUCUGAGGACUUCCUGUCAGACAUCACUGUUAAAAACUUUUUAAAUAAACUUGUAAAUAAAUACUAACAUUUUGAACUUAUCUUUCAUAUAUUUAUUAAUA